GUGGAUGGCUGAUCAUUGAAACCACAACACAGUAUUUUCGGAAAAUGUGACAAAAAUGCAUCGUUUACUUUCGAUCUAAGAGCUUGCUGUGAUGGGAAUUAGUGGAACAGUUCAUGAUUGAUCUCAAGUUUCAAAAUUAACCGAAUAAAUGGCCGAGAAGAAGUAUAAAGGUGCCCCCUUUGGCACUCAAACAGCACGGUUCGAUGUGUCUGCCGUGCAUCCAAAAAGUAAAACUCCUGGGACCUUUACUCAAAUCCCAUACUGUCGGCAGUCGAUGAAUGAAUUGAACCGCCGACUCGGUCCAGGUGCCUAUGAUGUUGUGAAUGGCCACACUGGCUUCAAUGAUCGUGCAGUGGCCGAGAGAGCCUCUGGCCCAGGAUGGGCGCGGGCAUACGAGGUUUCAAGGAUGGCAGCCCUACCACAUCUUCUACACAAAGAGCAGUGGGAAAUGAAACGUCUGUUGGAGAAAAAACUUGGUCCAGGAACAUACAACAUCAAAGACUUUCUGGAGUAUGCUGAUGACAAGCCAAGAAGUAAGCGGGGGAUAUGUCAAACCAAGGAACAACGAUUUAAGGGAGGUUUUGAGAGUGAUACCCCAGGGCCAGGGACAUAUGGAAAGGGUGGCAUACCACAUGCAGUCAUGGAAGAAAAGAACCAGAAGUCAACUGGCACAGUUGGAUUGCUAGAUGCUGGAUCAUCGACACCAAGAACACUCCCCAUGGUGGGAUCAGAUCUUGGACCAGGAUGUUACAACUUUGAGAGUUUUACGGAGCAGCUCAACAAGAAGGUGACAAGUCUGCGAGGGCCUUAUGAUCUCAUGACGGGGGAGAGGAAUAAACCUUGCAUAACUGGUCACUAUGCUGUCCCGCAAGGCCAGAAUCUCGGUGCAGGUCAGUAUGAACUCAAGUCCUUCCUAGAUGACUGGGGUUCAGAACACAAGAAAAAGCAUGGCAAAUUUGGCAAAGUUGCACAAUACCCGGAGAAAAAUAGUGAUCGAAUCUACUGCUGCACGCUGUCACAGUUGAAGAGAGAUGUGGAGGAUCCUGGUCCAGGGCACUUUGACCCAAAAUAUCCAAACGAGGGCAAACCUGCUGCUAAGAAAUCUCCAGGUUUCGGGUCAUCGGCACAAAGGAAUGAUAGAAUGGCACAGAAAUUCUUCACAAGGAACUUUAAUCCUGUUGGUCCUGGGCGCUAUGAUAUACAGAAGUGGGAGGAUGCACAACACAUCAACAGCCAUACCAGUGUCUUCAGAUCAAAGACAGGAAAACCUAACCAACAUUAUGAAAAGUUCCUAAAAGAGCGUAUUCGUGCCAAGGAUGUACGUCCGGAGGACAAGGUUUUCUUAGUGGAGCAAGAUCAACCAAGUGCUUUCAUCCAGCGAGCAAAAGGAGCGGAAGUCUUAUUCCAAGCACAAAAGGCAGCAACGAUGGCAUAACUUUGCUAGAAAUUCAUAAUAAAAGAACUUUGAAAAUGUCUUGAUCUCUACUGUGAAUGCGCAUCUGUUGUCCUUAUAACAUAUUGUGUGCACACAAUGUAAUCUCACACUUGGGGUACCACCUGAUGGCAACCGACAAAAUGUUACCUUUCCCCUUUUCAUGAUACUUGAUGUCAGAUCAAAAAACAUUGACUACAGUCAGAGCACAUUCCAUGGCCUUAUUACCCAAAGUGCCCUUAUGAUUUGACCACGGCGUGGGGAAAAUUAUUGAGUCAUACAAUAUCGUGAAAUAGAUCUGUCAGGUGCAGUCUACUCUUGCAUGUUGAGAUUAUAGAGUCAGUCAGGAGAAAACCUUUCCACGUUUAUUUUGUUAUGAUUUUGUGUAAGAUGGUGCCAGUGUUACAUCUGUGAUUGUUCCCCUUAUUUCAGUGUUUCCAUACAAUAGACAGCGAUGACUUUAACAAUCUUUCAGUGUUCCCAAACACUGAGGGGAAACGGAAACACUCAUAAAUGUAACACAGUUAGUCACUGUGAGUCAAGUUUAUUAAAGGUGGUGGGUGUGAACUGCGAUAUUUUUAUCUGAGAAUACUGAAGGAGACUUAUAUACAAAGCUGAUAUUUGAUGAUAAACUUCAAUUCAAAGAAAUGCUGUGCAAAGGAUGUAUCUCCCUACUUCAUGUAACAUUUCUAGUACAUAUAUUCUUCCAUUAUUUUGGUUGCGUGCAUUUCAUUUCUUCCUAAUUAUAAAAGUCACAUAGCACUUUUAAGCCUUGUCUUCUGUCAUAUUCUCUUUGCGCUACCGCUUAGAAAAAGGGAAAACUCCCUCGACAAAAAAUCCAUUGUCAAUAUUUUCUAUACAUAUUUGGUUGUUUUCAUAUCUGCUGUUUUAAUGAGAUUUUAUUGAACUGUGAUAUAUCAAUGCAUUCCAUUCAAACUGUUGUUUUCAGUAAAGCUUUUAAUAGUAGUAUUAGGAAAGCACAGUAUAGGAUAGCUUCCGUCCAUCACUACCGGUGCUUUGAAAGUCAUUGUUUUGGCUUUUGAAAUUGUAGCACUUGGUCUUUUUUACUAUUCCACUUUCAACUUUUGAUGAGUGAUAUGUUUUUUAAAUUCUGUCAAAAUUGGAUCAUUUUGAACUUCCAGAGGUGCAUGUGUUUCCUCCAUAUAACCUCUGUACGUACGCAUACGCCAGUAUAAUGCGGUUUGAAGUGGCAAAGUGGAGUCCAAGACUUUAGGGUCAAGUUGGUCUGAGAUAUUUGUACAUUAAUUUCAUCAAUGAAAUAUUUUGAUAUUGUCCGUCACUUGUGAUCUACUUUUCUUCCAUCUCUAAGUAUAUUAGGCUUACCACUUCUUUUUCUUGCACAAUAGAUAAUGUAUGUCAAUGUAAAUUCUGUACAAAUGUAUAUUGUAACAUAUUUAUCAUAUAAACCUGCUUUAUUGGUGUGGUAUAUCAACAAUAUUUUUACUUUUGUGGAGUGGUGCAUUAUUAUAGGUUAGAAUCAUGAUUUUUCUUUACAUUAUUCCUAUUUGAUAUAGCAGUCGGUCUUUUGACUUUGUUGGGUAAGAAUCCCUUUGAAUAGUAGUGCUGUUUGUUCAGCCAGAAAACUGAAUGUAAUAGAUAAUGUUAUAACCUAAAAGUUGGUGUCUCAAUCCAAGGCUCAACUUAGAUUUUGAAUUAAAACGUUUCCAUUUUUCAUUCCAAACAAUGUACCUGAGGAUUGUGUGCAUGGCAGGAGUAAUUAUUUUGGUUUAAUGAGCAGUGGUUUGCUUCUGUUUGAUAGAUACAGCGUUUUUCAGGCCAAAAAAAAAUUUCUUUGCAAAAUGUAAGAAUAUCUACACCAUUGUAAAAAUAACAAAUGAUUCAAAACUCGAUCUGAA